GAAAAAGGAAUGACACACACUCAUGUUUUUCUUAUCCAAACUAAAAGCAUUGAACUAACACUAUAAGUCUAUAACCAUACACAGCACCUCAAGUUCCUCAUCUCACACAAAACCUUAAAAUCACAUUUGAAGGCUAAAAAAAUGACACCAAUUGCCCGAAUAUUGAAUACCCAGCAACAUGCCAUCUACAUUGGUCAUCAUCUCAUUCCAUUUCAUAAACCAUGCUCGAGGAUAUACCGCCACUUCCCGGAAAUCCCUCCACAGCAAGUUUGUGUUGGACAGCUGCUUUCGUGCAGGAGUGAUGUUAAGAGUUAUGCAGGUAGGAGGAGAAGGUCGAAUUACAUGGAGACAGAUACUUAUGUUUACUUGGAACCAGGGAGAAGUGAAGAGUUUGUUUCUGAAGAAGAAUUGAAGGUUAAACUUAAAGGAUGGCUAGAAAAUUGGCCAAACAAGACGUUACCACCCGACCUUGCUAGAUUCCAAACAUUGGAUGAUACAGUCACUUUUCUGGUCAAGUCUGUAUGUGAGCUUGAAAUUGAUGGAGAUGUUGGUUCUAUCCAAUGGUAUCAGGUCCGUCUUGACUAAAUUUGUCACGUUGCUGAUUAUACGAUCAAAUUGGAAGAAAAUUCCAGGUCACAUUCAUCACAAAGGCGACACACAAAUAGAGGGGAAAAAAAAACUAUGUCAAGUCAAUAAGUCAUGUUAUUUACUUUUGACCUCCCAUUACGUACUCCAAAGUCCAAACCAAACUUGAAUAUUUGGCUAUAGCUUUCAACAUAAUUGGUACAUUUUUCUUUGCUCUUUAUUUUUUCAAGGGUCUUUUCUCUUUAAUUUAAGUAUGGUGAUAAAAACUUUAAUGAAAGAUUAGUGAAAUUGUAAAUGUUAUCAACAA